GUGAUGACGCACCAGAUCGGCAUGCGCUGGUACCGCCCCCCGGAGCUGCUGUUCGGCGGCCGCACGUACGGCGCCGCAGUGGACGUGUGGGCGGCGGGCUGCGUGUUCGCAGAGAUGAUGCUGAGGAGGGUGUGGUUCAGGGGCAGCUCCGAUGUUGACCAGCUGCGGCUGAUCUUCGAGGUGCUGGGCUCGCCCUCCGAGAGCAACUGGCCGGGCGUCAGCAGCCUGCCCAACUACCUGCCCUUCACGCCCAUGCCGCCGCAGGACCUCUCCAAGAUCUUCCCAGCCGCCGCACCCCAUGCGCUAGACCUGCUGGCCCGCAUGACACGGCUCUGUCCGCAGCAGCGCCCGACCGCCCGACAGGCCCUCGCACACCCCUACUUUGCAGCCGAC